GGAAAAGCAUCCUGAGUGGGAAGGGCAUGGCUUCCCCAAUCUGCAGCUAUGGUGGGCUGAUCAUACAACCAUCCUUUCUAAUCAUAACACUUGUGGGAAUGAAGAGGACUUGCUGGAAAGAGGGUGGCUGCUGAAAUUCAUCAGAGGCUCAUGGAAGAAGAAAAAGAAAGCAUCCCCGCAGACACAAAAGAAAAGUCUCCUCCGUCAGGAACAAAUAAAAAAGCUAAGAAGGAGAAAGAGCCACCCAAGAAGAAAAAGACAGAUAAAAAAGCCAAAGGUAAAUCAUCACCUGUAGCAGAAGUGAGUCCUGUGAUGGUAUCAGCAGAGGAAAUUGCUGAAAUUGAAAGGAAAAAUGAACUGAAGCUCAAAAUAAAGGAAGAACAUCUUGCUGCCCUGCAAUUAGAAGAAAUAGCCACACAAUUUCGACUUGAAUUGAUAAAGACAAAAGCUUUGAGUGUCCUUGAAAAUUUUGCAACCAAGGUGAUCGAUGUCUAUAAGUUCAUGGAAAAGUGGCUUGGUGAGAGAUAUUUGAAGGAAAUGGCCAGCAUAGAUAAAUUGACUGAAGUAGCCCGCUAUUACAUUGAAACAUCUACAAAAAUUCAGAAUGAGCUUUACUUAAAUCAAGAAGAAUUCUUCAUUAACGGUGAUGUCAAAGUCUUCCCAGACCCACCACCACCAACACGCCCUCCCCCAGUAGAAAAGGAAGAUAAUGGGACCCUGACAAUUGAACAGCUUGACAAUCUUCGAGAGCAGUUCUUAGCCAUGGCACCAAAAGGCAUAAUAGGAAAUAAAGCAUUUACUGACAUUCUCCUUGAUUUGGUGACCUUGAACCUUGGAACAAACAAUUUUCCUAGUAGUUGGAUGCACCUCACCCAACCUGAAUUGCAGGAGUUAACAUCUCUGUUGACAGUAAACUCGGACUUCGUGGACUGGCGGAAGUUCCUGCUGGUGGCCGCAAAGCCGUGGCCCACGCCCCUGGAGGAGGAGCUCCUGGGGACCCUGCAGAGGUUCAAGGCAGUGGAUGAGGCGCAGACCGGCACUGUCACUUUGGAGCAGUAUAAACAGGCUGGUCUAUGGUUUGCAGGUGAUGAUGAUAUGAAAGUUCCAGAUAAUCCUCUUGAACCCAUGCCAUUUAAUAGGCUGGGACAUCUUAUCGAGUUCUUCUUUCGGCUGUUUGCUGACUGUGAGAAGGUCCCGCCUCAGCUUGACUACACCCAGAUGCUGCUGUACUUUGCGGGCCACCCCGACCCUGUUCAAGGCGUCUACAGGGCCCUCAGUGUGGCUGUGGGAACUCAUAUCUUCCGACAAGUGGAGAGUCUUGUGCUGACUACAGACAAGACCUCCUACUCUACUCUGAGUCUUAUUGAGGAAUUUCCUGAAUCUGAAGAAAAUGUUGCAGGAGAGGAAAAGGAAACAAAAAAGGAGAAAGACAAGAGGGAACAAAAGGAAGAAGACAUCCCUGAAAAUGCAAACACUGAAAAGAUUUCCAUGGAAACACUACUCAAAGUGUUUAGAGGAGAAAUUGAGUCACUGGAUGCUAGCAGAUUUUCCAGCCACCUAAAGACCGAGAAUAUUUAUGAAGAGAGCUUUAUAAGUGUAUUUCAAGACUUAGGAUCCAAGAACCUGGAGCCAAUUGAAGUGAAUGUUCUCUUGAAGCAUCCUUUCAUUCAGGACCUGAUAGCAAAUUAUUCAGACUAUAAACUUCCAGAUAUUAAAAUGAUUCUCCAAAGGAGCGAACAUGUGCAAGGCAGUGAUGAAGAAAGGUCACCUUCAAGACUGACAUAGGAGAAGAAAGGAAGACUGUGA